UCAAGUCACGGCCUGCCCCAGCUGUGCUGAAGCCCUCUGACCCCAGGGCUGGGGGCGGGUGGGGGUGGGGGGCUCCUGGGGUCGGGAGGAGACCCUGCGAUUACCGAGUGCCUGGCACCACCAGCCACCGUGCAAGGUGUUAUCCCCAUCUUCCCCGUCACCUUGGUCUGUCUGGGCAAGGGGCACUCGGUCUGGGCCUGGGCGCUGACUGUGAAGUGACCCCCAUUCCCAUUUGAUGGAUGGGAAGACUGAGGCUGCACAGGGCAGGGAACCGCCCAGGGAUCCCCUGGAGCUGGGUCACCAGGUCUUCUUUCAGCCCAGGAUUCUCAGCCUCAAUUUCCCCAUCUAGAACUCAGAGAUGGGCAUUCCUGGUGGGGCCUGGCUCAGAGCAGCCUAGGAGGUCACACAGGAGAAAGAGCCGGCGACACUGCACGUGUGGGGACCCGGAAGGGGUCAGCUGUGUCCUCAUCUCCAAACUCCCCCCGCCCCUCCCGUCGUGUGGUCCUCAGCAGGUUCAGGCUGUGCAGGGCCUCACACCCCGUGUGCAAGGUGGAACUUGGAGCCGGGAUGCCCCUGCCAUUCCUCCUCCCCAAGACCUCUCCCCACCCUCUCUUCAGGUACACAAAUCCUUGCAGAGCCCCCCAGCCCCUCCUCCCACCCCGCCACCCCCUCCCUCAGCCCCGCAUCCAAUUUUGCAGGCGUUGGAUUUUUGUCUCCAGCGUUUCUCAGUCCACCACGGGGACGGUGGGUGCCAGGGAGGGGAGAGAGACCCGGGAGAGAGCAGGUGCAUGAGUAGCCGUGUUUUCCCUGGCACGGCUCUGCAAGGAGCGUGGCGGCCAUUCUCAGUGCAAGGGACUGGCGUGCACAUCACUCCCGCUCUCAGAACCCGAGUUCUAAGGAACGGGGUGGGAAAAGAAUGGGGCUGGCCGUCGGGGAGGCAGUUAGAGGGAUUAAGUGAAAUGAUCCGUGGAAAGCACUUGGCACGCGGUGCGCUGCCGCCAGCGCUGGCCGUGAGUGCCGCCUGCCCUUGUCGCUGGCCAGGCUGCGAGAGGGACCCGGCUGGGGCACUGAUGGGGAGGGCAGGCGACCCUCCCGCUGGCCACGGCUGCCCGCGGUGGAGGCCGGAGGGGGAUGUGCAGGCGCUCACCAGGGGGUGUUGCCUUGUUCACUUUGCUUCCGGAGCUGCUGCCCACGGGGGACCGGCGUGUCUUUGAAGUCAGCAAAACAGACCUCGGCAUCAGCCUGCUCUGCACUAGUCACCCUGGGACCGGGAUCCUAUCUGGGGUCCCCCGCCUCAUGUCCCAGCACUGUCCCCUGCGCCGCGAGCCGCCCCGCCCCAGCCAUGCGAGAGCACACCCCGACCGGCACAGGAACCUGGAAUGGACAGCUGCGCUGGCCCUGGUGUGAACACCCUGGAAGCCCACGCACAAUCUCUCACGGGAUGCUUCUCCUGAGCCCUUCGGGAAGCUCUUCACAGGCACGCAUUUCAAAAGCAAAUUUUUUUUGCACUGAAAUAAACGUUAAUUAUUUCCUUCCAUUUUCCAUGCACUAGUUUUUUUAAUGUUUGUUUUUAGCUACUUGAAA